AAUGAAUUCAACUCAGAGCAAUGCAAGCAUUUUAAAUGCUUUUGACUUCAGAGCCAUAGACCAGAUGGACCCAUCCCUUGCAGAAGGUCAUAAGCUAAUUUACGAGAGAGAAGUCCCAUUCGAAUUAAGAAUCCAAGAAGGUGAAGGAGGACCCCAAGAAGUUGGAACGUUAGAAGCCAUAAAAGUGAAAAUAUUAGUUCUUGAGGAAGAAGGCAACUCUGAUAAUAUCAAAGUAGAGCUUACUAGUGAGAAUGACAUGUUUUUUCAUUAUAUACAUAACUUAACAGAUGAUACUUUUAAACAUGUCCAGGAAGACCAGAAAUUAAUGAUUGAGUUUGCCGACUAUUCCAAUAUUCUUAUCAAGAUGCUUAACUCAUGCAUUAAAGAGCCACAUUCUUAUCUAGCCGUUUUUAUUAUGCAAAGAGAUGGUUCUGCUCGCCUUGAUUUUAUUCAAAACAUGGAGUACAAAUUCGUAGAGCUACUCUCAAUGGACUUCAAUGCUAGUAGUGAGGAAAUUAUUAGGCAGCAGAUUACUUUCAGAUAUAACUCAGUUAAAUCAAAACUCGCAAUUAUGCAAGCUAGGCUGCAAGAUAUUAACGCUAUUGUGAAGAUCAAGAACCCAUCUCUACUUCUCCAGCUUCAAAAGCAGACUCCUAGUAAAGCGAAUCGUUCUGUAAUGAGAAAUACUACUAGUUCAUUUAAUUAGGCAGAAUAAUUAAUUUCAAAAAUUAAACAAGG